AUGAAACGGACGAUGAGGCGGUUCUUGGUCACGGCGAUUUUCAUUGCGAUCGCAGAUUCUGCGUCCGCGCAAGACAUUUCGACCAACGGAGAUUGCGGUAGUCGGUCAAGCAUCAAUGCCACCUGCCUAGGCUCAACAUUCGGCGACUGCUGCUCAACUAAUGGCUAUUGCGGCAGUACCGACGUGUACUGUGGUGCAGGCUGUCAGGUUGCAUUUGGGACGUGCUCCGACAAUGCAUCGAGUAUUAGCCCCGACGGACGGUGCGGACAAGAGAACAACGCACAGAUUUGUUUGGGGAGCACAUUUGGCUCAUGCUGCAGCGAACAAGGCUGGUGCGGGAAUAACUCGACAUACUGCGGAACUGGAUGUCAGUCUGACUUUGGGGAAUGCAACGCAGUCGGCUCUACGACAAGUUCUCCGGCGGCAUCUGCUACGAGCGACGCCGUGACGGCGACCAGCAGCACUGCUGUCGCCACAAGUGGCUCCAAGACAACUGACAGUGUCGGCUUCAAAGUUGGCAUGGUAUUUGUUGGUCUCGCGGCCGCCGCCAUCAUCCUUGGCCUGAUUUUCUUCAUCGUCCGCCAGCGAAGACGCUCAACUAUUCAGAAAUCGGAUGAGACUGUUCUCGAAAAAGACGUGGGGGGUGAUUUAAGGCAGCUUCCACAACUCCCCGUAUCCGGCGAACCCCAAGAGCUCAAUUCAAGCCAGGUGCAGGAGAUGUCAACUGAUUACAACAAAGCACAGGAUGAAAAGAAGCUAUUGAGCAAAGGCAUGCAUGAACUUCCGUGA